CACUUUUUUCCACCUAUCCCUCAAUUUACUCCUCUAACUUGUUCCCUUUGCCAAUUUUCCAGUGAAAAGUCACCUCUCUGCUGUGCCCCAUCUUCUCCUACAAGCCUACACACCAGAAAACCAGCUAAAGAAAGGACCUCCAAGUCCCAAAACCCCCUUCCUUUUCCCUUUACCAUUUCCGUCAAAACACCUCCACGCUCCUACCAUCUUCUUCGACCAACCAACAACCUCAGCCCCUUUCUUCAGCCACCAAACGACAAAACCCCAAACCCCACCUGAAACCGAUACCAGACCCCACUAUUCUCUUCCUCUCUCCGGCAAAAACCAGACCCAAACAGACUUACUUUGACAAACAGCAGCUCCAAACCGUAACUCCAACAAGAAGUUUUUCCUUGGUUUCAAAAACAACAACAUAGCCAAUGUGAUCUCACAAGUGGAGUCUGGGCAAGCAAAUUUAUAAGAGAAAAAACAAGCUUCUUACUUAUGCAACUGUCUCGCUCUUUCUUGAAUUGGCAGCUGAUUGGUUCUGGUUUGCAAAGAAAAAAAAUGUUUGAUUGAUCAUAUAGUGAUUGUAACAUGGGUAUGCUUGUCAUUCUAUAAAAAUGUGAUUGUAAUGUAGUUUGUUAAAUGUGAUGCCACAUUUUUAACCUUUUUGAACUCACUACAUAGGAAUGUUUAAGCUGUCAUUUGAAGAAAUGACAAUCUUAGUUUUGUUGGAACAACUGGUGCUACUUUUUGGUUGCACAAACAGGCUGGUAAGGAGAGUGCCUAUAUCUUGUCAAGAUCAAUAGUGCCAUGUCUGUGCUGAGGUCAAUAUUGCCAUGUCACAGAGACAGAUUAUUAUUGGCCUUCAAAGGCUGGCGUUCCACAAAAUCUCUGUCAUUCUCCUCUUUCUGGUGCAAGUUAUACUCAAGUGGAAGUUACAAUGAGGUAUUAUCAAAUGGUGUUGCAAGCAAGAAAAAAGAGUUCGAUUUUGAGCAUUUAUUCCACUCCUGUACCAAAAUCUACAUUUUGAAGUGCCUUCAUGCCCUUCUCAUUGUGUCAGGGAAGGCUCAGAGUAUCUUUAUUGGCACUAGACUUGUGAAUCUUUAUGCUCACUUGGGUGAUGUUUCUUUGUCACAGAAGACUUUCUGCAUGAUAGAGAAUAAAGAUGCUUAUACUUGGAAUUCUAUGAUAUCGUCUUAUGUUCGUAAUGGCCAUUUCUUGGAAUCCCUGAAUUGUUUGAAUGAAAUGUUGUCCACAGCUGAUGUUAAGCCUGACUUUUACACUUUUCCUCCAGUGUUGAAAGCUUGUAAUAGUAUAAUUGAUGGUGUAAGGAUACACUGCUGGGCUUCAAAACUUGGGUUAGAGUGGGAUGUGUUUGUAGCUGCCUCCUUGGUGCAUAUGUAUUGCCGUUUCCAAUCUUCUGGUAUUGCUUUUAGAAUUUUUAAGGACAUGCCUUAUCGAGAUAUGGGUUGUUGGAAUGCUAUGAUAUCUGGGUUUUGUCAGAAUGGAAAUGCUACAGAGGCAUUGAGCUUGUUGGAUGAGAUGAGAUUAGAGGGUAUAAAAAUGGAUACAGUGACUAUUGCGGUAGUACUUCCUACAUGUGCACAUCUUGGUGAUAUUGUGCAUGGAAUGUCAAUUCACUUGUAUGUUAUAAAGCAUGGCCUAGAAUUAGAUGUCUUUGUGUCGAAUGCUUUAAUAAACAUGUAUGCCAGAUUUGGUGAGCUAAGUUAUGCACAAAAAGUAUUUGAUGGUAUGAUGGUAGUGAGAGAUUUAGUAUCAUGGAACUCUUUAAUUGCUGCAUACGAGCAGAAUAAUGUUCCCGAAAAAGCACUGAAGUACUUUCAAGAGAUGAUGAUAAAUGGGGUUCAGCCUGACUUGUUGACAUUGGUGAGCUUAGCUUCUAGUAUUGCUCAAACCAAAAGUUUUCGUUCUUGCAGAUCGGUUCAUGGAUUUGUAUUAAGGAGAUCUUGGAUUCAGGUAGAUAUUAUUAUGGGUAAUGCUGUUGUGGAUAUGUACGCGAAGUUGGGUCUUAUUCAUUGUAGUCGUAAGGUUUUUGACGAGAUCCCUAUCAAGGAUGUAGUGUCAUGGAACUCAAUGAUCACAGGUUAUGCUCAAAAUGGACUCGCAAGUGAGGCUAUUGAAAUUUACAACAUGCUGAAAGAGUGCGACGACAUAGAACCAAACCAAGGAACUUGGGUGAGCAUUUUGCCAGCUUAUGCUCAUCUAGGGGCACUGCAAGAAGGAACAAGGACUCAUGGGCAUGUUUUCAAAGUAGCUCUUAAUUUGGACGUCUUUGUUAGUACGUCCCUCAUUGACCUUUAUGGAAAAUGUGGAAAACUGGAUGAAGCCAUGUUAUUGUUUCAUGAGGUGCCUAGAAUGACUUCAGUCCCUUGGAAUGCCAUAAUAUCAUGUCAUGGUAUUCAUGGAAAUGGUAGGGUUUCUCUGAAACUGUUUAAUGAUAUGCUGAAUGCAGGUAUUAAACCAGAUCAUGUAACAUUUUUAUCUCUAUUGGCUGCUUGUAGCCAUUCAGGCUUAGUUGAUGAGGGUAAAACUUACUUUCAUAUGAUGGAGCAAGAGUUUGGCAUUAAACCUGGUCUAAAGCACUAUGGCUGCAUGGCUGAUCUGCUUGCCAGGGCUGGGGGCCUAGAAACAGCAUACCAAUUUAUAAAAAACAUGCCUUUGCAACCGGAUGCUUCAGUUUGGGGUGCUCUUCUUGGUGCAUGUAGAGUACAUGGAAAUGUUGAGCUGGGUAAAUUGGCUUCCGAUAAUUUGUUUGAAGUUGAUCCAGAGAAUGUUGGCUACUAUGUAGUGCUGUCCAACAUCUAUGCUAAUUAUGGGAGCUGGGAGGGGGUGAAUGAAGUGAGAUCAUUGGCUAGAGACAAGGGGUUGAAGAAGACUCCAGGAUGGAGCUCAAUUGACCUAAACAAUAAGAUUGAAGUAUUUUAUACAGGAAACCAGUCUCAUCCACAAUGCCACGAGAUAUAUGAGGAAUUAGGUAUUUUAACUGCUAAGAUCAAGACCUUAGGUUAUACUCCAGAUUAUACCUUUGUAUUACAAGAUGUCGAGGAGGACGAGAAGGAACAAAUCCUUACCAGUCAUAGUGAGAGAUUGGCUAUUGCUUAUGGAAUUCUUAGCACUCCUCCUAAAAGUCCUUUACGGAUCUAUAAAAAUUUACGGGUUUGUGGCGACUGCCACAAUGUAACUAAACUAAUUUCUAAGAUUACAGAGAGAGAGAUUAUUGUAAGGGACUCCAAUCGUUUUCAUCACUUCAAGAAUGGUGUUUGUUCAUGUGGGGAUUACUGGUAACAUACACCCAUAGUUCUGCAGAGAAAUUUAAACCUUUUAAGGUUGGCAUCAUUAUGCUGUAGCUGCUGCAAGAAAUGUAAUUUGUUCUUUUCAAGCUGUUGUACUGUACUGUGAUUGAUGAAUCCUCACAGUCGUUCUUUUUCUGGAAUUCACUCUUCCCUGUUCUUGGUCUGAAAAUAAGGAAAGGUCUUUCAAAUUUAAACUUGAUUUUGGUUCGCUACCAAUUCAUUGAUUAAAGUUAAGAACUCAUCAAUUUGCAAAACAAAAUCAGGAUUUGGCCGAAAAAGAAGCAUGACUACGACCUAUGGAUACCAUGACCAAUCACCAUCGAUAAAGAAGUAUCUUUCUAAAUCACUUCGUGUCUUCACGCAUCCAAAAUACACUGGGAAUGGAACAGAGAUUUUUACGGAGACUUGACAAAGGUAUAUGUGUAUAUCAGUUUCUUGGUUGUGCUGGUCGAUCUCAAACAAUGCUUAUGCUCCAUUUCACCAGUCUAAAAAUGAGAAGUGUCUUAUAAUUGAAUUUGCUGAUUAUUUCAUGUCUCGAAUCUAGGCUUCAACAUCGAUUACCGUCGCAACAGGAUAGCAGAAAAUAUUAUCAGGAACUUUACCAAGUCAUGCUGUAAUUUUUCAUCUUGGCUGGUUCCAUGUUUCGAUCUCUUGUGCAGUGUUAUCAACUGUUCAAGCACGAGACUGGCAGACGGUGAACCAAAAUCAGAGGCUAUGGCCACCCCAGAUGUUCGCCGAAGGUAAAAGAUAUUGGAAGAAUUCAAACCUCUGUAAGUGGAGAAGUGUUCUGCUCCCAAGCUGCUACCAGAGCAAAUAGGAAAAUGGUGUAUACAAUAGAGAUAUCAGAAUAUCAUUUGUUGCUUUAUGUAUAGCAUGUUUUGCCUUAUUGUUCUACAGAACUGUAUGGUGUGUAUUUGUUAGAUUGUAAGGCCUCGAAAUGAUGGUUGUUGAUCACUUUUCAGUUGAAAUACCAUUGUAGCGACUAUUUUUCAAUUAUAGGAGCUGAGAAGUUCUAUUUGUGAA